UGAAAAUUGUGUUUGUUCUGUUUUUGUUUUUUGGUAUUUAUUUCGCUAUGAAUAAGGAAGAAAUUUUAACGGACACGCGUCCAGCUUCACAAGAGCUGCACAGUCCUGCGCGCCAUUGUUAUACACCACCGCCGCCGCCUCAUGGCCCGGCCGCCACAUCUGUGGCGCCACCGGCAGCUGGCAUAGGGGCACAGACAACGACGCCGAGUCGCCUGCUCAGCUGGAAUCACAGUGCAGCCGCAGCGGCCGCCGCGGCAGCAGCAGCCGUUGCCUCCAAUCAUCAGGCGAAUGCAGCGGCUGCGGCUGCAGUCGCCGCGGCAGCGUCGGCAACAGCUGCUGGUCAAUCGGGCUCAAUCGGGGAUCAAUCGGGCAUGGCACGGCUCAAGGGCCAGAACCUGGGACUCAUCUGUGUGGUGUGCGGCGACACGAGCUCCGGCAAACACUACGGCAUCCUCGCCUGCAACGGUUGCUCGGGCUUCUUCAAGCGCAGCGUGCGACGCAAACUCAUCUAUCGCUGCCAGGCGGGCACCGGCCGCUGCGUCGUCGACAAGGCCCAUAGGAACCAGUGCCAGGCAUGCAGGCUCAAGAAGUGCCUUCAAAUGGGAAUGAACAAGGAUGCGGUGCAAAAUGAGCGACAGCCACGAAACACGGCCACUAUACGGCCGGAGACGCUGCGGGAGAUGGAGCACGGCCGUGCGCUGCGAGAGGCUGCCGUAGCCGUUGGUGUUUUCGGACCCCCUGUGCUACUGUCGCCGCCCUGCUACGGCUCUGGCCUGCUGCCGCCGCCUUCUCUGGGCAGUCUGCCAACGGGACGCCUGCUGCACCACAAUCAUCUCAGCUCCUCCAUGCAGCUGGCCUCGAACCACAUGACCCAUGCGAGCAGCUUUCCCAUGUUCAAUGCGGCCGCUGCGGCCGGACUGCACCACUCGCCCAAGGACAAGAUGGGCGGCUAUGGGGUCUCCAUGGAGCUCUCGAGCAGCGGCAACAUCUCUCACUCCACCAACUCGAGCAGCAAUCACAGCAUCGAUCCCAGCUCACCAGCGCCAGAUGCCACAAGAGAGGAGAAGAACAAUGCCGGUGGAAGCGUCUCCUCCAUAAGCUCCUCCAGCCCAACGCCAGAGAAUGAUAAUGAUGACGACUCGAUAGACGUGACCAACGAUGAGGAGCCCAAUACGGGCAGCAGAUCCGACUCCAGCUUCAUAAUGCCCCAGUUCAUGUCGCCCAAUCUCUAUGCGCAUCAGCAUGAGACGGUGUACGAGACGAGCGCGCGGCUGCUCUUCAUGGCCGUCAAGUGGGCCAAGAAUCUGCCCAGCUUCGCAAGGCUUUCGUUUCGCGACCAGGUCAUCCUGCUGGAGGAGUCCUGGUCGGAGCUGUUUCUGCUGAAUGCCAUUCAAUGGUGCAUUCCACUCGAUCCCACGGGCUGUGCCUUGUUCUCGGUCGCCGAGCAUUGCAAUAACUUGGAGAAUAAUGCGAAUACAGACAAUUGUGUUAGCAAAGAGGAGUUAGCUGCCGAUGUGCGUACACUGCACGAAAUCUUCUGCAAGUACAAAGCGGUUCUCGUGGAUCCCGCUGAGUUCGCUUGCCUCAAGGCGAUCGUGCUCUUCCGACCCGAAACCCGAGGCCUCAAGGACCCAGCGCAGAUCGAAAAUUUACAGGAUCAAGCGCAUGUUAUGCUCUCGCAGCACACGAAAACUCAAUUCGCCGCUCAAAUCGCUCGCUUCGGUCGUCUGCUGCUCAUGCUUCCUCUUCUUCGCAUGAUCAACUCACAUAAGAUCGAAUCGAUCUUCUUUCAGCGAACCAUAGGGAAUACGCCCAUGGAGAAGGUCCUCUGCGACAUGUAUAAGAAUUAGUUAAUAUUGUCACUUAAGUUUUUACUAUUGUCUAAUUUAAAUAAAUAUACGCAUAUGUUUUUUGU